ACUGUGCACGCCGCGGUGACUCAUCUGCCCCUUUCGGGCGAAGCCCAGACAAGGGAAGAAAUAAACGCAACUUUCCAAAGAAAACUCUGCAGCGGGAGGCUGCAGCAGGGCCGGCCUGGCCCGGGACUCCACGGCCCCGAUCCCGCCCUCCGCGCGCGGCCCCGGACAGCAGGCGCCGCAGCUCAGAGCUUUCGGAGGAAGCGCACUCCGCGCGGACGCGAGCGGGCGCCCGCCCUGGGCACCGGGCCGCCAGGAGCCGCGCCCUCCCCACGAGCCUCCUCUCGCGCAGGGCCGGGACGCCACGGCGCGGCCCCAUCCCGCGGGAAGCAGAACGCCAACCGCCGAGCGUGGCCACCCGCGCGCUCCUUUCCCACCGGGACCGGCCCCUCCCCUACCUGGCCCGGCGCGCGGCUGUCACCUGGGGCUGGCGCGUGCAAGCUCGGACCCCUGCUUCUCCAACGCGCGCCAGCGGGCGGCUUUUAA